AUGAACUGCUUUGUCUCCAUCCAGAAGAAUGGAAUUAAACUGGCAUGCUCAGCACAUGCUAAUAAAACACUGGAUCACAACACCUCAUUUCACAAACUGGUAGUAUACAUUAACUGCCUAAAUACAGCUAUUCACAUCACUGCACACUUAUUUACAGUGAAGUUUGCCAGGUUUACCAGUAUUGCUGGUUUCAUUGGGAUGAUCAUAACAGCUCUGAUUCUCAUGAUGAUUUCAUCUAUGAAGUUUAGCUGGAGGAGUUCUUUAUCUCUGGAGGAGGAGUGGCAUGCCCUCCGACCUCUUGUUUCCAAAGACGUCUCCUUUCCUAUCCAAGCUGUAGGGGACUGGGCGGAAACAAUUCUCAUAAGGGCUUUUGAGCAGCAACAUUCACCAGGUAGGAUUGAGGUAUACGGUCCCUUUGGCACUGCCAAUGAGGAUGCUUUUCUACAUGAAGUGGCUUUGUUGGGUGGAGCGGGAAUUGGGGUUUCCCCGUGUGCUUCUAUCUUGAAGCCCAUCUAGUACAAAUUCAAACAUGCAAGUGACAACCUCAAAACACAAAAGCGUUUAUCUCUUUACUGGAUCUGCAGGGAGACAGAUGCUUUUGCCUAUUUCAAUCCUGGCAGAUCUGAAAUGAAAGAGGUUAUCUCCUUUGUUAGUCCUAUGUGGAACAGUGAGUUUUCUACAAUAGCCUCUACCUAUCCUAAGUGAAUGUAUUCUCCAGUUAGUUUGCAAAGUUAGGGUUUAGAGAAGUUAUUAUAGCAUAUUAAAGACUCUGGAAAAGAUUUCUUGGGAACAAACUCCUGUACCACUUCUAGCUUCUUGCUUAAAACUGAGGAAAUUUUGUGCUUGGGUGAUAGCUCAAAGGCUGGAGCACAGGCUGGAGCGAUAGUACAGC